UUCUACGACGAUGCCAUAUUAARCCAAAAACAAGACGUUUGAAGAUGGGUUUUAUCGACGCAUUUCGUGUCAUUCUGUCAUCAAACUGGCUAAUAAUUCCUCUCGCAGCCUGUACUUUAGUAUUGUUUUACUUUUUCUUUGUUUAUCGAGCUUACUCUUCUGUUCCCUUUCGUUCACUACCUUCAAUCUCAUUCUUUCGUCUUCUGGUUGACUCAAUCAAGUUUAAAGGACAGUCUCAUUUGCAGUUUGAUCAAUACUACAGGAAAUAUGGCCGUAAUUUUUCGAUGGUUUUCUUUGGAAAAUUGUCUGUUGUCGUCGUAAAUGAGCCCGCCAUGCUGAAAGACAUUUUUGUCAAAGAGUUUCAAAACUUCCAUGAUCGACCGGCUUUUUUCUCUCUGGUUGAACCAUUUGAUAGCAUGUUGGCCCUUGCUUCAGGAGAGACUUGGCAUCGCAUCCGCACCACAGUAUCCCCAACAUUCAGCGCUCAUAAAAUGAAACUGAUGAUUCCGUUGAUAAACAAGUCAUGUGACCUACUGGAGAAGAAGUUGGAUCAAGUGGCAGGGACUGGGGAGACUAUUGAUAUUUACAAAUAUUUUCAAGCACUUACGAUUGAAUCAAUUUUAGCAGUAUUUUUUGGCAUGCAAUCUAAUGCGCAGAAUGAUUAUGAUGACCCAGCGUUUAAGGCAGCUCGCAACUGUCUUCAGCUUGGAACGUUCCAGAGGGUCAUCUUGAGUGUGGCUUUAAUAAUUCCCGGUGGCUCUCUCAUCUUGAAAUACUUCCCUUCGGUUGUUAUGGGUCAUUUCUCAAGUCUUCUGAACCUGACUAAGAAGAUAGUGGAAGCAAAGAAAAAUGCAAGUCUUGAUGGUGGAAACRAGGACUUUCUUGACAUGAUGCUCAACAACACAAAAAAUGAAGAUUCACCCAACAACACACUUUUAUCAGAAAAUGAAGUCAUUGCUCAGAGCUUUGCAUUUCUGAUUGCUGGUUAUGAUACGACAAGCAAUGUACUCUCCAUAAUUACACAUCACCUAGCAACCAACCCAGAUGUCCAGGAAAAGUUACAGAAGGAAAUUGAUGAAGUCUGGAGUGACAAAGAUCAGCUGCUAUCUUACGAAGUCRUUCAGUCGUUACCUUACCUUGAUAUGGUGAUCUCCGAAACACUUCGUCUCUUCCCACCAGGUUUUGUAGUCACUCGAAAAUGCAACAGAGACUGCGUGAUCAAGGGUGUCGCAAUCAAGAAAGGAGAGGUCAUUAUAUCAUUGCCAUAUAGUCUUCAUCGUGACCAUCACUUCUUUCCGGAACCUGACAGGUUUGACCCAGAACGCUUCAGUGCUGAGGUCAAAGCAUCACRGGAUCCCUACACAUUCUUUCACUUUGGUCAUGGUCCACGUAAUUGUAUUGGGAUGAGAUUCGCUCUGAUGGAGAUGAAGCUUGCUUUGGUUCACAUCCUGAAGAGAUUCACUCUUGUGGUUGCACCUGAAACGAAGAUCCCUCCCAUCAUACGUGUUAGUUCUAUCUUGGGAUGUACAGAUGGAAUAAAACUGCGCAUUACAAAAAGAUAAAUUUAUGAACAAACAACAGCACUUACAAUUCCCAUGAUUAAGGUGUUCUGUGAACCAAGAACUCAUCAACGUGUUUGGUGGGAGAAUACAAGGACCUGGAUAGGCCAUGUAUAGAUUUUAAUAGAGCUAACUACAGUUYGCACUGUGAUUGGCUGUUACACGUGAUGACAUCAAUUUUUUUAAACAUCGAUUUAGCACUUUUUCAUUAAAUUUGUGUGUGUGUGUGUGCAUGCACUCUAAAUGGCACGGUAAAACACACCAAUAUUUGUGAGUACUAAGCAAAAAAGGAGAAAAUCUCUACAGAAAGAAGAAAGACAGGUAGUCUAGAAAUAUUUCUUCAAUAGUUUUACCAAGGUGUUAUUURCAUGUUGUAUUUGCAUUUUAUUAGCAAAAUUGGUUCAUGUCCAAAAAAUCUUGGAUAACAAUAGCAGCCAUUGAACAUAGGAACCUAACACUUCCACUUGUAUGAUACUGAUAACCCAGUAGAAUAUCAGGUCCUUUUGYAUGGUACUGAUAAUCCAAUAGAAUAUCAGGUCCAUGGAUAUCUAGCAACCAUUGGCUGCCCUAAUCCAACAGGGAACCCAACACUUCCAUUUGUAUGGUACUGAUAACCCAAUAGAAUAUCAGGUCCAUGGAUAUCUAGCAACCAUUGGCUGUCUUAAUCCAACAGGGAACCCAACACUUCCAUUUGUAUGGUACUGAUAAUCCAACACUGUAAGUCCAUGGAUACCUAUGCCGGAGUAGCUUGUGUGGUGCAUUAGGUAUGUGAAGUUUGAUUCCAUUAAAAUCCACAAGUCUAGUUGGCAAAGCCCAGGCCAUAGGAAAACUCUCCAGUUUAUGAUGGUAUUUUAAAAUAAUAUUCUCAUUUUGAAGUAAAGAACUCGGAUAGAAUUUGUGUAAUAUAGUUUGCUCCUUUCCGUCGUAAAAUCCCUGUUUUUUUGUCCAUCGUACGUAAUCAAUCGAUUCUGUUUUGUACCUUGCUAUUAACUCAUUGGACUGAAUAUCGUAUUGCCUAUCCAAUUCUUCAUGCAAGCUAUAAUUUUCAUCGUCAACCAGAUAUGAUAUAUCAGCAUCCCCAUCCCAUGGAAGAAUGUCUCCAGACUUAAGGGCUCCCAGUAAAGUUCCUAUAAAUAUAUAGUUCAGUUGAAUAUUAUAUUAAAACGAUCCAAUAAAUUUGACUGUAAGACUUG